UAGAAAGUCUUCUCUUUGUAACGCAGAGUCUGCUGUGAUGGAGAGGAGGGAGUUGCUCAUUCUUCUGCUUGCAGGGCUUUUUGCACCUGCUUCCAGUCAAAUCAGAAAACUCCUUUUUGUGGAAGCUGAGAAGAGCUGGUCUGAAGCUCAGAGCUACUGUAAAGAGAGGUACACGGACCUGGUCACUGUUGACAGCCAGGAUGAAGCCGAGCUCUUAUUUACUGCAGAAAAUUCUCUCAAUGAUGCUGCCUGGAUCGGGCUGUAUCGUGAUGACACACAGAACUGGCAGUGGUCUAACAGCGAUGAUGUCAUCUACACCAACUGGAGGGCAGACCUCUUCUGUGUUUCAGUCAAUUCACAGGGAGAGUGGGAUGAUUUAGUCUGCAGUGAGAAGAAAGCUUUCAUGUGCUUCAAAGAGACCAGGAACAUCACUGAGAGAUACACCCUGAUUGAAGAACUGAAAACCUGGACUGAAGCUCAGCAGUACUGUAGAGAACACCACACCGACCUUGUCAGUAUAAAGAGUGCCAGUGAAAAUGAAGACCUAGUAAAGAAAGCGCAGGGCAAGCCCUUCUGGUUAGGCCUGUUCAAUGAGCCCUGGAAGUGGUCACGUCAGAGUUAUAACUACAUAUUUCACAACUGGGACAAUGAGGAGCCAAACAAUGUGAGAGGUAGUGAGGGGUGUGUGGUGAUGGAUUACAAUGGUACAUGGAAAGACGUUAGCUGCAGCUCAAAGUUCCCCUUUAUCUGCUGUUACGACGGUCUAUGCAGCUUUGAAGAAACUGAGGAGACCUGGCAUGAUGCUCAGAGCUACUGCAGAAACCAAAGCAAAGAGCUGGUCACCAUUCAAUACCAAGCCAGGAUGAAUGAGACUUUAGACCUUCUGAAUUCAACUGGAUCCUCUGAUGCCUGGAUCGGGCUGUAUCAUGAUAAAGAGAACUGGCAGUGGUCCAAUGGAGAUGCUUUCAUCUACUACAACUGGAGAUCAGUCCAAUUCUGUGCUUCAGUCAAUUCCGAGGGAGAGUGGGAGGAUAGAGCCUGCAGUGAGACGACCCGUUUCAUGUGCUACAGCGAGACCAGCAACAUCACUGCGAGAUACACCCUGAUUGAAGAACCGAGAAACUGGACUGAAGCUCAGCAGUACUGUAGAGAACACCACACCAACCUCGUCAGUAUAAAGAGUGCCAGUGAAAAUGAAGACCUAGUGAAGAAAGCGCAGGGCAAGCCCUUUUGGAUAGGCCUGUUCAAUAACCCGUGGAAGUGGUCACACCAGGGGGAUAACUACACAUUUCAAAAUUGGGCUAAUGAACAACCCAACAAUGUGGGAGGCAAUGAGAAAUGUGUGAUUAUAGGUGUAAGGGAUAAUCAGAAUCAAUCCAGAGGGGAAUGGCAUGAUAAGGAUUGCAGCUUGAAGCUCCCCUUCUUCUGCUUUGAUGUUCUAAAUGCCACAAGCCCCCCUUCAACACUGACCUCUGACGAUUCAGGACCCUCAAGCCCACCUUCAACCCCGGUCUCUCAAGAUACAACCCCCUCAGACCCACCUUCUGCACCAGCCUCUAAAGAUAACAUGGCAAUCGGAAGGGUCAAACUUACUGCACCAAAAGGAAUGAAUCUUGAAGACCCCAAAGUGAGCGAAGCCAUUUUAGAGCAGAUUCAAGAACAUUUCUCCAAGAAGUUUCCGAUGGACGGUGUUAACAUGCGCUGGAGAAAACAAGACGGAGAGAUUUUCCACAAGGAUGUGGAAGAGGAGGAGGAGGAGGAGGAGAAGUGCUCUGAUCCGUGAGAUACCAGCACAGGCAUCGCAAGUGGGGGUUCAGGGCAUUGUGCCAUUAAUCUCUAUUAGAAACAAACUGUAGUCAAAGGCUUUUGACUGUUUUAAUUUUAAUAUUUAAGUAACUAUACAUAAUAUAAUCAGGGGUUCAAAUCAAUAUAAUUGUGAAGUUCAGAAAUAUUUUAAUCUGCAUUAAGAUCAAUAUAAUACUAAAGAGAUUAAACAGAUCUACAUGAAUAGUAGGGUCUGCAAACAGUAUGCGUUGCAAAUGCAUUGCUUCAUUUCUGUAUAAGUUGUAUCAUAAUAUUGGUGUUCUCCUGCAGAUUGAGCAUGUUUCUUUGUACCACAUCAUGCUCCACAUGUUAUCAGAUCUGCAUUUAGAAAUACAGCUCCAAUUUGAAUCCCUGAAUAUAAUGUAAUAAUGCUAGAACAGGUUUUUGAGGUUGUGGUUUAGUUUAAAAUGUAUUUUAUAUUAUGUCCUGGUUUAUAUUAAUGUGUGUUUUUUUUCUGUUAAUUAUACAUUAUAUUGGUGCAAUUCAGAUUAUUAUAAAUGCACCCACCACCACCUUCAUAAUAAAGUAGCAACUAUAUCCUUAUUUCUAUUCAGGGUAUUGAAGGAAGGAUGUGUUUUAGUGUCACUGCUGGAACACUGGUUUAUAUUAAGGUGGUGGUGGGUGUGCGUUUAUUUAUUAAUAAUUCUACGAUUGUUACAUUAGUUACUGGUGCAACUACAAUUUAUAUUAAGGCAUUUGAGUGUGUUUUAGUUGUAUCAUUAAGGUACUACAACUGUUGUGAUGUAAAAGUUUCCUUUACAAUAUAUAUGGUCAAGAAUAUUUGAUAAAAUAAAUGAAUUGAAGAUAUAUUUGUUAUUAUUAUUAUUCAUACAGUACAUGCUAGACAUACAUUGAUAACGCAUUGAGAGAGAGACAUGCAAUAUGGUGUUGAAAAAGAACACUUUCCAAUGUGCAGCCUGCUGGAUGCAAUGCAACAUGUUCAAAGGUGUCUCUGCUUGAAAAUAAACAGAUCAUGCACAGGGCAAGGAAACCAGUACAUUGUCACAAUUCAUAGUCUGUAUGUUUUCUGAAUUAUUACAAUAAAGUUUUUA